AUGGACCCCUCGUCCAGUCCCUCCUCUACCCUACCCCCUUCUGUCCCCGUUGCCUGUCUUAACUGUCGCGAGAAACAUCUCAAGUGCGAUGGUAAUCUGACAGGAUGUACCCGGUGCAAGGACUUGAGUCUCUUUUGCCACUUUGUACCGAGCCGCCGAGGGAGACGAGGACGGCCUUGGCCCUAUUCAGGUGCAAUGGGAGACUAUCCUCCACUACCUGUCGAGCCCACCGGCAAUGCAAUGAUGACCCCUUUAGAUUCCUUAGCAUGUGCUGCUCCACAGGGGGACGCGACCUGUUCAUCGCUCCCCCCUCGGAUCGACAACCAGCUGGUUACGUUGUUUUUCCUCCAUUUCCAUCAGGCCCACCCAUUCUUGCCGCCUCGCGACGCAUUCCUGCAUUCUUCUCCCCCAAUCUACUUGCUGGACGUGGUACAGUUCAUCAGCGUACAUUACCUCCCUGCCAGUAAUGUUCCAGACCACACCCACCAGCUAUGCACGGCCGUCCAGGAGGCAGAAGCCAGCCUUGAGAAGGUCCAAGCCCUUUUACUCCUAUCGAUCAUCAUGCAUGCACGAACCCAGCCGCGAGAGGCGAAGGAAUGGCUUGGUGACGCGAUUUCUUUGAGUCUGGAUCUAGGACUUCACUGCCGGGAAUUUUCUGAGGCUUUGGAGAUCCAGAAUCCUGUGCGGGCUGAGAGUGCUCGGCGUACGUGGUGGGAGAUCUUCAUUAUUGAUACCCUUCUGGCGGCUGUGCAAGUCGAUGGUGCUUUACAGCUGACAGUAGAGACACUCGAUAUUCCCCUGCCUUGUGAGAUGGACGAAUACCAGGAUGGCCGCUUGGGGAUUGUUCCAAUCUCACUGCGUGAUAUGGAUCGUCAGGCACUGUUCCACAAUGAUGGCGAUUUCUCAUCCGCAGCGUACAGGGCCGAAGCAGCGACAAUACUUCGAAAGUGCCUGAUCGCAAGCGGGAAUCAUGUCUCCCAUGAAACUAUCAAUAUCCUCGAUGUCACCAUUUCGGCGUGGUUCCACCGGUUGCCCAGCGGCAAGCAGGCGAUGUUGCAUCAUAAUGGUGACGUGGAUCAAAUGAUAUUCCAAUCUUUUAUGAUAAUGCACUGCGCCUCAAUAUACUUGCACUUCCCAAAAUCAUAUCUCCUUGCAUUUCUACCGGUGACUAGCCACAUAUUUUGUUCUCGACCCCCCACCUUCACGUCGAGUUCCGCAAACCCUCAAAUACACACAGCCAAGGUAUACGGCGCGGCGGUCAACCUAUCCAAGCUUGCCUCCUUGACGACCAGCGUGGCUAGUCAUAGCCCCUUCUUCGUCUGCACUCUAGUCCUAAGUUCCAUCGUCCAACUCGCUGUCUUUACUGCUGAUCCCCAGCAAUCGAGCCGUACAGGCCGAAGCUUCCUAGCCUUGAAUAUCGGCGUCCUAAAAUCCAUGGGGCAUGUGUGGACGAUCGCGGCGACUUCGAUGGCGCGCAUCCGCGAUGUAGCUGUCGAGCUUGAGUCGGCGCUUGCCAGGGAGAGCAGAGCGCUGUUAGAUGAUCACUUGACCCAGUCCGUUUUAGUCGACUCUCAAGGUUUGGACGUAACAUUUUUAUAA